GCGGUGGACUGCCGAUGAUUUCUCCUCCUCCUCCAGUUGAAAUUCACUGGCUGACAAAGACGGCACUUCUCACUGCUCGUGUUAUCACUGAGCUCGGAAAGACAGAUCUGGUCCACACCUAAACCAUUGUCUCCUAUUGCUUCUGUCUCUUUUCCAAUCUUCUUAUCAUCACCAUGGCUUGUUUCCUGGCAUCUGCCUUUCUUCUGGUUCUCCAGACGUAUGCUGCCCCACCUGACUUUGUCCAGGAUCGGUAUGACAUAACGCUGGACUCCGUGGGCCUGGAUCCUGGACUACCAUUCAAUAUCUCUGGAGAUGAACCCUCACACCCACCCCCAGGGACAAGUAAAAGAGCUCCACACAGUAUCAUUAUCGGAGUACGCAAGGGGGGCACAAGAGCACUCUUGGAGAUGCUGGACAUACACCCUGAGGUUGCUGCUGCCGCCACGGAGGUGCACUUCUUCGACUGGGAUGAGAACUAUGCCAAGGGCUUUGAGUGGUACCGUGAGUUGAUGCCAUACUCGUACCCAAAACAGAUCACCGUGGAGAAGACUCCAGGUUACUUUACGUCGGCCCUCGCACCUGAACGCAUCUGCGCCAUGAACUCCUCCAUAAAGCUGCUUCUGAUAUUGCGAGACCCGGCCGAGCGCGUCAUAUCCGACUACACCCAGGUGUACUUCAACCGGCUGGAGAACCACAAGCCGGUGCAAGCCAUUGAGAACCUGCUGGUGCGCAACGGAGCUCUCAACAUCCGCUACAAGGCCAUUCAGAGGAGCCUGUACGACGUCCAUAUGCGUAACUGGCUGCGCUACUUCCCCCUGGAACAGAUACACAUCGUGGACGGGGACGCACUGAUCCGUGACCCCUUGCCCGAGCUUCAGAGGGUGGAGCGCUUCCUCAACCUGCCCCCAAGGAUAGUAUCCUCCAACUUCUACUUCAACCAGACCAAGGGGUUUUACUGUAUCCGGAGUGAUGGUCGGGAGCGCUGUCUGCACGAGUCUAAGGGACGUCCUCACCCGGCGGUCAACAGCACCGUCCUCCAGCAGCUCCGCUCCUACCUGCAGGAGCACAACCGGACCUUCUUCAGGCUGGUGAGGCGCACCUUCGACUGGCAAUAAGGGACCCUGAUCAAUCGGACUCAAGCGAGCCACCACUUUGCCCGUGAUGAGGACAAAAAGCGGGCAUAAAGCACUUUACAGAACUGACAUUCAAAACCCCUUUGAAUCGCCUCUUAAUAACUACUGGUGUGAUCUUUGGUUUCGGCAGAGCAGUUCUAUAUUUACACGAUUAGACAAACAACUAUGAAAAGCUGUAACUAGAGGCGUGCGAUUAAAUGGAAGAAACUCAAAGCUUAAUAACUCAUUCUCUCUGUGCUGGAAGCAUUUAAGUGAUCAAAUUGCAGCAAAAACUAGUUUAUGGAACCGAUUAACUUUUUUUCCCUUCUCUUUCUUGUUUGAUAAUCUCGUUCUUAAUAAUAAAUGGUUCUGCUUUCAAAUGUA